UUGUCAAGAUUCAUGGAUUUUUCAGUCGGUGUAAUAUAAAUGAAAAAUCCAUUAGCAUUACAUUCAUAUCCAUUAUCAACGGCUUAUUUUUAUUAUUUAUAUAUUUAUGAUUAUUAUUUGUAGGUUAUGUUUUGUUCGUUUCGGCUAGGCUAGGUUAGAUCGGAAAGGAGGGAACUGAUUUUGGUCAUAUUUUGGUUUGUUCACUUAUUUAAAAAAAACGAACUUGGGCAGAACUCUACUGAAAGUGAAUUAACCAAAGUGACCAAGUGUGUAAAACAAAUACAGCUAAUAAUACCAAACUUUUAAAAUUGUAAUGUAAUAUCUAACCUUAGUUUUUUUAUUUAUAAAAAAAUGAGUGAGGUGAACAUAAAAAAUAUCAGGAAUUAUUUAAAGACUAAUAUUUUAAAUAAUAACACAUUUAUUGGCCGUGAAGAUGAGAGGAAAGAAAUAUUUGAUUUAAUACAGAAAACUGUUCAACAUGGUGAAUCAAAUUCGGCCUUAGUAGUAGGACCUAGAGGAUCUGGAAAGACUGCUCUGAUAGAAGAUGUAUUGACAGAGUUGCAGAAAAGUCAAACUUUUAAUAAUGAUGCUAUACUUGUGAAAUUACAUGGUUUAAUUCACACCGACGAUUCUCUAGCUUUAAGAAGUAUUACCUCUCAAAUGAAAUUAGACAAUGCUGUAGAUGGAAAAGUAUUUGGAAGUUUUGCAGAAAAUCUAGCUUAUUUAUUAGCAUGUCUACGGGCAGGUGAAAAACAUACAUCGAAAUGUGUAAUUUUUAUAUUGGAAGAAUUUGAUCUCUUCUGUGCUCAUCACAACCAAACACUGUUGUAUAAUUUGUUUGACAUUUCACAAUCAGCACAGACUCCUAUAUGUGUACUAGGUAUUACAUGUCGUCUUGAUGUUAUUGAAUUGUUAGAGAAACGAGUGAAGUCUAGGUUUUCACACAGGCAAUAUUUUUUGUAUCCCUGCAAAGAAGACUGUGACUAUAUUUCUCGUUUAGAGCAUACCUUGACAAAAAUUGAAUAUUAUUUAAGUCUCCCAGAAGACAUGAAAUUUAAGAUUAAUAGCACUUUAAAGAAACAGUGGAAUAAAACUUUAAAAGGACUUUUAGCAGAUAAAAAAUUUAGAGCUGUAAUUCAGAGACUGGUAGAUAUAGACUUAAAUGAACGAACACUGAAGAAUAUAUUGGUCAAAAUUGUUUGUCAGUUGAAGGACACUACUUUGUCCCUGGAUGUUUUUCAAGAACAAAUAAACGUAAUGGAGAGAGAUGAUAUGUUACAAAUUUUACUAGAUUUAAAUGUGCUAGAACUUUGUCUUAUAAUAUCUAUGAAACAUCACGUUGAGAUAUAUGAUAAUCAACCAAUGAAUUUCGAAAUGGUUUUCUCGAGGUACCUUAAAUUUGUCAAUGCAAAUUCAAAUAUUCAAAGUGUACAAAGGCCUGUUAUUAUGAAAGCUUUUGAACAUAUUCAGAAUUUGGAGAUAAUAUCUAUGAUCAGUGGAGCAGGAUCUAGAAAUCAAAAAGAAUACCAAUUCUUCAAGUUGUUGGUGACUUCUAAACAAAUAAGUGAUGCAUUAAAAAAAUAUGUUGGUUUACCUACUGAGGUGGUGCAAUGGGCCAACAGUUCUUUGGUUUAAAUACAAUGUGUUAUAGUAUUAUAAUAAAUUAUUUUUUUUAAUUUUA